UACCAAAAUUACCAAAAUACCCUACAUACUGCUGACAGAAAACCCACACCUCACAACACCAUGCCCUUGUUUGGUCUUCUUUCUUUACCUGUUUCACAACUCUAUACCAAAAUCCCUGUCCUCUACUCCCCAACCAAUCGAAUCAAGGCUCGGUUGCUAUCUCCGUAACAGACAGCAGACGGAGAGGUAUCAUGCGUGGAGGGUUUAGACUGCAGCAAGGCUGAGACAGUAGCUAUGCAUUAGUAUCUCACAAACAUAUGAGGCAGCAGCAGCAAUGUGCAUUGGUGUCCCUGACCCUAUGGAAGCACGUGGGCUUGCACACUUUCUUGGUUCGUACUGCAGGGUCUGUUAGCAGAAUAUCAGAAGAGAUCAGAGACAAGAACUUCUCCCUCUUGCCACCUGUCCUGUCUUUCAAGAUCAAGGCUGUAUUUCAUAAAGAUUGAGGCAGGAAAACCACUUUUGAUUAAGAUAGAUAGUGCAGAUAAGUAUGGCAAUUUACUGGAGCUCUGCAGGUGUGUAUUCUGUGCAAAGGAGCAAUUUUAUGAAAACUUAAUUUGUUCUCUGUAUUUUAGGAAAACUUUAAUUGAGGCAUAAUCCUAAUCAGUUCAGCUCUUGCUAUGGAUUUAUUUUUUACUCCUAUUCGGAUUCCGUUGGCAUGCCAAGUUUCUGAAAUGGUGCAAUUUCGCAGCUGGAGGGGCUACUACACUUCCAGCAGCUGCAACAUCUGUCUGCCCCUUUUCAUUUGGGAUUCAGAUCUCUCAGUUUUGCGAUUCGAGGCCCAGGCUCUUCAAUUGCUAGCUGCUUAAGGUACAUACGAUCGUGAGUUUUCUAUAUUGUCAUGAGUUUUCUUGAGUACUAGAGCUUUGUUUCUUGAAAAGAAGAAAACCUCAUUUUCUAGCCCUCAAGUUCUUAAGCAACACAUGUUGAAAUAACCUUCCCUUCUGUUCUAGCUAGGUAAGGAACUUGAGAAUUAUCUACCUCAGAAGAUUCCUUUCAGAAGGGGCUUUGCAUGUUUAUUAUAAGCCAAACUGAUCUUGCUGGUGCAUUUUAUUCUACAACACUGGAUCAGAUUCUUGCUUUUAUUCCAACAGUUUUGUCACAGUUUGAAUCAGGAAUAAAGGUUUUAGUAAUGACAUUGAAGUGUCAUGAAACAUUAAACAUUGAAGCUUUUGUUUCAGUGUUAAUCUCUGAAGUAGGAAUAACAUUGAAGUUUCAUUCUUUGCUUAUUUUCUCUAGAGAUUAUGUGGAUCAUGGUGCUCGGAACGUUUGGAUACGUAACACUGGUCCUCUAGGGUGGUUGACUCAGAAUGUAGCCACAUUUGGAAACAACCCAUCAAAGCUUGAUAAGCAGGGAUGUGUUAGUGUGCACAACCAAGUAGCUAAAACUUUGAACUUGCAGCUUCAUGAUCUCAGUAAAAAGUUGCAAGGCCAAUAUUCUGAUGCAAUUGUCACAUAUAUUGAUAUCUUCUCUAUUAAAUAUGUCCUCAUUGCAAAAUAUUCUAAAUACGGGUUUCAGCAACCUAUUAUGGCUUGCUGUGGGUAUAGAGGUCCACCUUUGAACUAUAACAGUCGGGUUUUACCCUGCUUUAAAUUUUAGGACACAUUAGUAUUUUGCAGAGCUACAUUGACCUGGUUUGUCUCCGAAGAUGGGUGGUAUUAUCUAGCAUGUCCAUCAUGCUUGAAGCAAAUGAGGCGAAAGCCACAAAGUGAAAUCCUAAUCUGUCUAGAGCAUGAAAUGUUGAUUUACAUUGUCAAACUACCUUCAUGAAACUAUAGUUAAUUUCUUCAUUGGUUUGCAUAUGUGACUAGACUAAUAUCAAUAUCAAUAUGUGCGUACUGUUCAUAAUAUUAGUUACCUUCUUCAUUGUGGAGUUACUGACAAUAUGACCAAGCAAAACAACUAACUAGAAGAUUCUCUGUACAGAAUAUGUAUUUCGAUCCAUAUAGACUACAUAUUAGCUAGCUGUUUUCUAUAUAUUAGGAUAUAUAGCAACCAAUUAUAUAAGUAUCAGCGCACCUUAGAAAGGAAUAUGCACGCGAUUGUAGAAUAAGCCUUGGCUAUCUAGCUAUUCUUUGUAUAUGUGCUGGCCUUUAAGUAACCUUAGUAAAAGAGGAAUAUGAGAAAGAACUCUGGUCUGCUAACUCCUUCAGAUCAGCUGAGGUAUUGUGCAGGUUUGUUGCAAACAUGAGAUUUUACACGUCUAUAAUAAGCCGGCUUAAUAUACAACCAUCUAUACUUUGCAUAUUGACUUUCUGUUUAGAUUUAGAUGCCUUCUUCCUGUGCCCUGUAGCUUGAUCUCUCAUCACUAGCUUUUUCGUAUCUCAACUUUUUCCUAUUUGCUUUGCUUGCUUCUGUUUAUAACCUCAGUUUUAUUACUCAUGCAUGCACGCAGCGGUAAACUUUGCAUUUGUAGCUCUCUUUGGUUUUGAUUUUGAUUUUUUUUUUUCUGUGCACUACUGAAUUUUUUGGAUUUGAAUCAUUUGUAUUGGUGAAUAUCAAUGUCGAAGUUUGUACCUUGCUCCUAGAAGAUUUUCUGUCUUGCGUAUCAUCUAAUUUGUACUUUUGUCUCCUUUUUAUUUGACUUUAAUUAGUUCUGCAUCGAUUAUGUUUUCAUAUUGAUCACUGAUCAUUAUGUCUCAUGUAAAUGGUCUAUCAAAGAGCCAAGCCUGAGCCAACAUGCCUGUAUGCAUUCUUCCUUCACAACUAUUAAAAUGUGUAUGCUUCUCAAUCACAAGUUGUCACUUCUCUGCCAGUUCCAACGCACCCUCCUUGCAGCCAGCUCUUGGUAAGAAAAUUGAAGCCUUGCCGACAAUAGGCCCUUGGUUGCUCCCUUUGACUCCGAACAGAUCUCUGAUAAAUUGUAGGAAAGCUUGUCAACCUAUGGAGUUAUGGCCAUCACCUCCUCUUAUUCCUCCCGGUUGAAAUCAAUAUCAUGGGUUACUGUAGUGCUGCUAACGCAAUCUGAUGGUAGCUUGGGGGAUGUUAAGGAUAAAAGUGUAAUUACAGUGUGAUAUCAUUCUGGUACGCUAGUACUUGGUAUAUAUAGCUGCAGGUCUUCAUUUUCCUGUAUGUAUCGGAACCUAAAGUUUCUAAUACAAAUUCUCUCUCAAUUUUCUUGCUUUU